AUGCGCUUCAACUCCAUCGUCGCCGCCGGUGUCAUGUUUUCGGGAGCUGUCGUCUCCGCCGCCGAAUGCAGCUGCUACGGUCUCUGCACCCCCGGUCAAGCCGGAUCUCGCAACUCGCUCUACGCUGCUCGUCAACACGUCUGCGGCGACGGACUAUACAAGAACGAUGGCGGAUACAAGGUUCCGGGUGGAGGUUACCUCUCUUGGCCUGGAGGCUUUGACCAACAGAGAUGCUGGGACGCGUUUGAGAACAUUCUUAACCAGUGCCGUCCCGAGGGCGCAGGCCUUGGUAACCAUUGUGGGUCGUACAACUGGUACGGAAAACUCUACAAGGUGGCAGGAUGCGCUUAG